AUGGUGUCAUUAGCAGCAGCUUGGGAAGGUGUGGAUUCGAGGAGGAGCGAGGGCGCAGAUGAAUAUGAACUGGAAAGGCCUUCUGUGAUGCCCAGCAAAGAGCCCGUCAUGACUAUCAAGACUGAAGAAGGGGACGUGAUCGACUGUGUUCACAUCUAUGCUCAACCUGCCUUUGAUAAUCCCUUGCUCAAGGAUCAUGUCAUCAAGACCAAACCAAAAGGGCUGGAGGUGACGAAGGAACUUCUUCCACAAUCUCAUGGAGCAGGUAUAAAGAAUCAGCGGCGGUGCCCUCAAGGGACUGUCCCCAUUCUUCGGCAGCUCACAAACGGACACAAUGCCCUCAAUAUUCCUCCUUCUUACAGCACAAACGCCAACGCAAUUUCCAACUCUGAAGAUUAUCGGGAGUUUGCCGCAGUGAGAGGACAAUAUGCAAGCGAGGUGCUUGGUGCUGUUGGGAAUUUGAACAUUUGGAAGCCUGAAGUCGAGCCCAACGAGUACAGUGCCAGCAGGAUAAUUGUUCUUAGCGGUACUUCAGACGGCCAACUUUACCAAGAUCAUAUCCUUGCUGGAUGGAUUGUAUUCCCGUCCAAAUUCUCCGAUUCUCAGCCAAGAUUUUACACCCAUUGGCAGGCUAAUGGUACAGCCGGUUGCUUCAACUUGGAUUGCCCAGGCUUUGUACAAGUGAGUCCUAAACAGGUCUUUGGUGGAUCACUGCCAGCUUCUGCCUACAAAAAGAUACAAAUUCAUAUCUUUGUUGGUAUUUUCAAGGACGAACAUGGAAAUUGGUGGCUACAAUUUAACCAGGAUCCGAUUGGGUACUGGCCGGGAUCGCUCUUCCCUUACCUGAGCUCAGGGGCGAACUCGACGGAGUGGGGCGGCGAGAUCUUGAACACACGGCCCGGCGGGAACCGCAGCACCACCCAGAUGGGCAGCGGCCACCCUUGGUUCGAAGGCUUCCGAUCGGCCGCCUAUAUCUCCAGCAUGCGCUACGUCGACAGGGACGACGAGAAGCAGCAACUUCAAGUCGUGAAUGUCGACUCCAUCACCCCCUUCGUCACCAAUGAAGGCUGCAAUCAGGCGGCCUAUUAUGGGAACGAUGACUGGAUGCAUCGUCACCUCUUCUUUGGAGGCACCCAUAACAACUCCACCUGCUCUUAG